GUGGGUUAGUUCGGGGAUUGUAUUUUAGAAAUGGGAAGAAAUAAAAUUGGAUCUCGAAGACGUUAGCUAGGUUAGUUUGUUAGCUGUAGCUUUAGAUAAGUAACUAGUCAUUCUAUCAACACGUGGCUGUGAUGAAUUAUGUCCUGAACGUGCUGAGUUUAUUACAGUUACAUCUAACUAAGAGGAUGGAGGAUCACAUGACUGAGGACGAGACCUCCUUUUACGUGAAGGCGGAGCAGUACUGGAAGGACAUCCCGCCCACUGUGGAUGGAAUGCUCGGAGGUUACGGCAGCAUUUCCAGCAUCGACAUCAACGGUUCCAAAAAGUUUCUGCAGAAAUUCCUUGGGGAGGGCAAAGGUAAGACGAGACCAGGCUGUGCUCUGGACUGUGGCGCAGGAAUCGGCCGCAUCACCAAGCGCCUUCUCUUGCCGUUAUUCCGUACCGUGGACUUGGUAGAUGUGACGCAGGAGUUCCUAGACAAAGCACGCUCCUACCUGGGUGAAGAGGCCAAACGAGUGGAGAACUACUUCUGUUGCGGCCUGCAGGAUUUCCAGCCUCAGCCGGAUCGUUACGACAUCAUCUGGAUCCAGUGGGUCAUCGGUCACUUGACUGACGAUCAUCUGGCGGAGUUCCUCAGGCGAUGCCGCAGUGCCCUGCGUCCUGAUGGCCUGAUCGUUGUGAAGGAUAACGUGGCAUACGAAGGUGUCGUCCCUGACGAGGUGGACAGCAGUGUGUGCAGAGACCUGCCCUUAUUGCGCCGCAUAGUGGCCAGAGCUGGACUCAGCAUCGUCCAUGAGGAACAGCAGCAGAACUUCCCUGAGGAGAUCUACCAGGUCCACAUAUUAGCUCUUAGAUAGAAGGGUUUGAGAGAAAUACAUGAUAUUUACUCCACACACGGUUAUUUCAUCCUGCCAUUUUUAAUAAUGCAUCAGGUUGGAACACUGUGAAUUGGUUAUGUGCCUGGAUUAAGGGUCUGCAGUUCUCAAGGUCUGAUUUGCACCCAGAGCCUGGGACUACACUAUCAGGGAGCACAGACUUAGUUUUACACUUUUAAGAUAUCUAAAUGUUCUCUGGUCUGUAAUUACUCGCAGGACGGUUGAGCAAAUGUGAAUUUUGACCCGAACUGUUUGUCACUAAUGUCUGGUUUGUAUGUAAGUUAUUAAGAUACAUAUUCAUUUGCAUGUGUUGUGUUUGAAUGACUGUGGAUUUUGAAUACAUAAAUACUUUGUAAAAAAUAGUUGUACUGUGUCUUUUAUGCUCCCAAGACCCAUUAAAAAUAAUUAAAAUAA